AUGCACAACUUGGAGAGCUUGAAGCUCGACUUCCACAACUGCAGGGCCCUGAAGUCGAUCCAGAGGCUUGGCGAAAGCCUCCCAGCGCUGCACAGGCUUUCCUAUAUUUCGCUGAAUCUAGCGCAAGCAGGAAUCGACUCCCUUGACGACUUCUGGGAACACCUAGCGGCUGCCAGUAGUGUGAAGCGAUGCUCCUUCGAGAUAGCCUUAUCUACAACAACGGAUGGCAUUGCAAGCAGUCUCGCCGUCGGCAUCUCUACGCUAUCGAGCCUCGAAGUGUGUGAAGUGAUCCUGAACGGAUACAAUGAGGCAGUGUUCGACAUUGGCGAGUCCCUUGCCAGCACAAGCAGGGUUCCAAUACUCAGGGUCAGGGCAGCGGAGACUGUCCCGAAGAUUGAGGGGGUCCCGUUGUCAAAGAUGAGGGCUGGACUUGAGGGAUUGAAGGUCUUAGAAUGGGCUGGCGACGACAUCAAAUCUUUGCCUAUUGUCUUAGGUUCAGCAACCAGACUCUCUACGUUGGACCUGAAGAACACCAGAUACAACACCUUUUGGGACAAUGUUGGUCCAGGUUUGGCGAAGCCAAUUGUCCAGAUGAGUUGGCUCGAAGUGCUCGCUCUGGAUCUACACGAUAUGAACCUGAUUGAUUGCGUCCUGGAGUUGUUCAGCGCAUUCAGCACCGCCUCCUUUGAACGCUUGAAGAAGCUUCAUGUCGUUUUUACGUCCGAGUUUUCCAAUCGCGGCACCGGCGGAAACAUUGUGUGCUUGGACGACUUUGCAAUCUUCUCAGGACAAAGGAUGCCUUUGAUGAAAUCUCUUCGGCUGGCCUUUUGCGUUGAGGAAUGUUACUACGACUGGGACUACAAUUGGAACAGGGAGCUGUUCUCAAACAUUUCAGGCUUUGCUGAUGGCUUGCGAGCGCUGAACGGCCGACUAGACGACCUGGAAGUCAAAUUGAAGGACUUCUUCGUGACCAGAAACAGCAUAGCAAGAGUGUUGCAAGCUGCGGUUGAUUGUGUGGAUGGGGCAACCAAACUAGAUCUGGAGCUUGGAAGUUUGCCCAGAAUACAAUCUGUUGAGGAUCUAUGCGAUGCCCUCUGCAGAACUGAAAAGGAAAGUCUGCAAUCUGAAAAGUUAAGUUUACCCACACAACUCACCCUCUGA